AUGACAACCAGAGACCGUGGUCAGGCUUUGCCGAUGGAGAGGGUUGACGGAGGAGCGGGGUUGGGUGCGCGUGGGUCUGCGGGGGCGAUGCUGGGCAUGGAGAUGCAUCUCGUCCACCAGCCGCAGCCGCAGAUCCACGCGGCCUCCUCGUUCCAGCAGCCGCCGGAGCACCUCCGCCACGCCAACGGCGGCUUCCAGGUCCAGCACCACCAGGCCAUGCCGAUGAGGCAGCAGCACCCGCCACCGUCGUACGCGGCUUACGUGGCGCCGCCAUCGAGGGCGGUCAACGCGCAUGAAGAGGAGGAGAUGGGCAACGGCGUCGGCGCCGUGCAGCAGCCGGGGGCGGGGACGGCGGGGUGCUCGUGGUCCCGGAUGAAGUGGACGGAUGCGAUGGUGCGUCUGCUCAUCGCGGUGGUGUACAACGCCGGGGAAGACGGGGAGGGCGUGUCUGCAGGAGGCAAGGCGGCGGCGGCCCAUUCGCACGGGAAGGCGGUGGCAUCUGCGGCGGCGCAGCAGAGGAAGGGUAAGUGGAGGUCCGUGUCCCGGGCGAUGGUGGAGAGAGGCUUCAAGGUGUCGCCGCAGCAAUGCGAGGACAAGUUCAACGACCUCAACAAGCGCUACAAGCGAGUCGUCGAACUGCUCGGCCGCGGCACGGCGUGCAACGUGGUCGCGAACCCCGCGCUGCUCGACACCAUGGGCGAGCUCACGGCCAAGGCCAAGGAGGAGGCGCGCAAGCUGCUCAGGUCCAAGCGCCUCUUCUUCCGCGAGAUGUGCCACUACCACAACCCCGGCGGCACCGCAACAGCCUCGCACGGCACCGAAGGCGGCGCCGACUGCUUCGACAACCCGCGGCCGGCAACGGCGCCCGCCGGCCGCCAGGUGGUGAAUUCCUCCACGCGCUCGGAGGACGACAGCGAGGACGACGUCCUCAGUAGCAAAGAGGUUGAAGAGGAGGAGGAGGACGACGACGACUACGACCUGGACGACGUGGAGGAGAAGGCGCCGGGCACCAAGCGCCGCGACGACCGCGUCGACGACAGCAAUGGCUUCCACAACUACGGCGGGCACAAGAACAAGCUCCGUCGUGGCGAGAGCAGCGCGGCCGCGGCCGGGGAAGACAAGGAAGAGAACGGGAACAACAAGCCCGCCCGCAGCACAAUGCAGCAGCUGAAGCGCGAGCUGGCCGCGGUGGAGGCCGGCGGCGACCAGCAGCAGCUGCGGCAGUGGGUGCAACGACGCGCGCUGGAGCUGGAGAAGCAGGAGCUGGCGUACGAGGUCCAGGACUUCGCGCUGGGGAAGCGCCGCUACAAGUGGGAGCAGUUCAAGGCCACCAAGGACUGGGACAUGGAGCAUGAGCGGCUGCGGAUCGAGUGCCUGCGCGUCGACGGCCGGCGCAUGCUGCUCAUGCUCAAGCAGAAGGAGCUCGACCUGGACGACCUCCCGGGCGCCCAGACCCCGCCGCCCGGCGCUGCCUUCCAGCAGCAGCCCGGCUCCAGCCCCUCCACCACAGGGCACCCCAACUAG